GUACCGAAAUGAUAUUUGUGUUCGACAUUUCAAUCGAAUUAUACAAUGAAAACUGUUGAAAGCUGUUGGCUCUCGGCCACUCCACAAAGCUUUUUCGAUAUUCAGGAAAACAUACAUAAUUUAAACAUUAUAAAUUAUGAAGUUCUCCUAAAAUUAAGAGCUUUAAAAAUAAAAACAAUAAAAACCGAGGAUCCAUCAAUCGAGUGCAGAAUUCCCGUCGGAGGUUUUUCUGAUGAGCAACCGGAUGUAGACCACAUGACAACUUUCCGUCCCCACGUGUGUAGGGAUGUGAAGACAGUCAAGGUUUCGUUCUUCAACUAAAACUGCGAAAAUCUUACACCUUUAUCUGAAGAUUUACCUUACACUCUUUAGAAAUGGCUGACAUUGUGCAACAACGAUUAGAGGAGAGAAUACCAGCGCUUGAACAGUUGGAAAGAGUCGGUCUGUUCACCAAUAAAGAAGUCAAGUCUAUGUUAAAAAGAUCUACUGCUCUGGAGUACAAGCUGCACCGAACAGUUCAGAGUAAAGACGAUUUUAUUACAUACAUACAGUAUGAAAUAAACGUCCUAGAGCUUAUCAAGAAGAGGAGAGCGAGAGUUGGUUACCAUUUUAAACGGGAGGAAAUUGAGUAUCCCAUCAUUCAUCGCAUAAACCAUGUUUUCAGAAGGGCUACAACAAAAUGGCAGGAGGAUGUGCAGCUCUGGCUUUCACAUGUUGCCUUUAAUAAAAAAUGGGGCACAAAGACUCAGCUCAGCAAGGUGUUGUCAUCAAUGUUAGCUAUCCAUCCUGACAAACCAGCUUUGUGGAUAAUGGCUGCUAAGUGCGAGAUGGAGGACAGAAACUCUUCAGAGAGUGCCCGACAUCUCUUCCUCCGUGCCUUGCGCUUUCAUCCUGAGAAUAAAAAACUCUAUCAGGAGUAUUUCCGGAUGGAGCUCAUGCAUGCUGAGAAACUGAGGAAACAGCAGCAGGAGUUGGAACAAGCUAAAAUAGAUGUGGGGGAAUAUAAUUUUUCUCCGGAAAUCUUGAGUGGGAAACUUGCUGAGGUGGUGUACAGGGAUGCUGCACAAAAAAUUAAAGGGGCUGAAUUCAUCUUGUCGCUGCUACAGAUUGCUGCUAUCUUUGACUUCACAAAGGAGCUACAGGACACCAUCCUCCAAGAACUGCAGAGUCAGUAUGUCGAUGACUGCAUGAUGUGGGAUUUCAUGGCUAAGCGUGAGCUGGAUGCUGCUGGGGCUCCAGAGCUCCAGUCUGCGAAAGGAAGAGCUUCUGAUACAGACCGUAGAGAAGAACGCUGCUGUGUUGUUUAUGAAGAGGCUUUUAAGAGCCUUAAUACAGAGGCCAUGUGGACAUGUUAUGUCACAUUCUGUCUUGAGAGAUAUAAGCGGAAGACAAAUGUCAGUGAACUCAAGGAAAAGAGAAAGGAACGAUUACUCCGAGUCUUACAGAGUGCUCACGAUGCCAAGCUUUUGCAAGAGUCAUUCUACAAGAACUGGGUACAGGUCCUGCUGUCGUCAGGGGAUACAGUGUCUGCUGCCCAGAUCGCCAUUACAGCCACCCAGUGCUUCAGCCAAUCAGUUGAGAUGUGGAGCUUCAGCCUCCAGACAUUGGUCCAGCUGGAGAGCGCAGAGGCGGGACAUCUAUUCCAGGAAGCCCUGAAACACGUGAAUCCCAAGGAAAGUCUUCCAUUAUGGCAGCUGCAGGCUGAUUGGUGCAUGACCUCACAGAGACCAGAGGACACGGAGACCUUUUUUCAGAAAGGUCUUCGGUCCCUAGUACCUGCUGUGUCAUCUGCCAUGAAGGAAAAAUACCUUGAAUGGUCAUAUAAAACUGGUGGUUACAAAAGAGCUAGAAAAACGUUCACAAGCUUGCAUGAACACAGACCCUUCACGAAGGCAUUCUUCAUGAUGAUGAUAGAGAUUGAGAAAGAGCAGGUAAAGGAGACACCAAAGAUGAGUAACCUGAGAGACUACUAUGAGCGAGCGCUUCGUGAGUUCGGUUCCUCAGAUGAAAAUCUCUGGAUGGACUAUAUCAAGGAAGAGUUGGGAAGACACGGAAACCCAGAGAACUGUGGGAAGCUCCACUGGAGGGCUGUUAAGACCCUGGAGGGUGAAAGUGUUGAACGUUUUACUACGCAGUACACACUUCUGCAGACCGGGCACAUGUAAAAACAGCAUAAAUCUUCAGUGUUUUCUGUAUUGUUCAUAUUUGGACCACAAACUGGCUUCAGUGAUUUCUCUUUGAAAAUCCCUAUUCCCAUGUUGCAGGCUGGGAAAAAUGAAGUUCAAACAUGUUGAUGCAUAGACUUUUGUGCUUUUCUGUUCCAGUAAUAAACAUUUUAUGACUUAAAA